UCACGUGACGUCACCGGCGGAAGCAGUAGCGGAAGUGAAUUGCGGGGCGAUGAAUGCGUCUUAGAAGAGCGGAGCCGCGUCUCCCGUGCCCGCUCUCUCUCUCUUGCUCUCCUCCACGUUCUUCCUCUCUCCCAUCGCUCUCCCAUCUCUCUCCCGUCCCCCUUCUCGCUCUCUCUCUCCCCAGCGUUCGGUGUCGCGGGGUCGCAGAACCCCGUCAAGAUCGGAGACCCCCCCGCCCCCCAACCCGGCGCCUACGGCCUAGCGGACAGGCCUCUCGCAGUCGACUUGACAGGCUGGUGGGGGGGAUGCGAGGGGGUCUGGGCCCACGUGGGGGGCCUUCCCAGCGUGGGGGACCGCUGUUCAUGGGGUACCUGUCGGCCGCCCUGGGUGCCCUGCUCGUGCUCGCACCCAGCCUCACGUACGCCGUCGUCAUCAGCACCCGUGCCGCCAACGUCAUCAGCACAGUGGGGAUAAAAUGCGUUAGUCCCCACAUAGACCAUGCGCUGCCAAUGGAGACGCUAUGGGAGGUCGGUGCGAUGCUGGAGGUGCGGUGCUACCCAGGCUACCGCCUGCAACUACCCACUCGCCACACCGCCCCGGAUCCCGCCGCGACUCGCUACCCCACGUGUCUCGGCAAUGGAACCUGGGACUACCAGCCCGUGUGUGCCGGCUGUCCGGAGCCGCAGGUGCCUGACAGCUGGGUGAGCGCCAGUGGUGUCACCCCUCCGGCGUAUGGUGGUGCGGUGGACAUUGAGCCGAGGGACGGUCGUGAGGUGGUGCAGGCGGACGUGGGGGACAUGCAGCAGUUUCCGGUGGGCUCAACGCUGGCGUUCUCGUGCUACCCGGGCUACGUGCUGCAGGGCGCACGCUCCAUCUCCUGCACAGAGGCGCUCAGCUGGUCCGCACGCCCUCCACAGUGCCUCGUCUCCCAGUUCUGUGAGGUGCCCACGCGGCCGCCCCACGGUAGCUUCCUGUGCCACCCCGGCCCGUGCGACCGCUACGUGGGGAACACGGUGGUGGAGUACUACUGCGACGCAGGCUUCACCCUCAAGGGGGAGUACCGCUUUAUCACGUGCCACAAGGGCGUGUGGUCGCCCCCGCUUGAAGUCGCCUGCGUGCCCGACUCUGCGGACCCAGGUAACGCCCGUGGCGACAAGUCGCUGACGUCGCCGUGGGCGAUCGUUGCCGCGACGGCGAGCUCCGUCGUCAUGGUACUGCUCCUCAUUGUUGUCCUCGUCAUGCUGCAACCUCGACUAAAGAGCCUGCGGCAUGCACGUCGAGAACGCGGCGUCUCGGGCUCCGGCGCCACGCUGUUGGUGGACGGCGUCCCCGUCUCCCUCCCCUCCUACGACGAGGCCACCGGGGCCUCCGCUCUGAGCUCCCCACUCGAGACGUCCGGGGUAAUCCCAGGGGCACCCCUGUCCCCGGCACAGCCCCCCACCCUGCUACUUCUACACCAGCAGCAGCAGCAGGCGCCUGCGAUCCCCGGAACCCUGCUGCUUACCGGGAUUGGCCCGGCGGGGUCCGCACAGGGGUCCCCGAACGCCGCUGACAGGCGUCGGGGGGCGUCCGCGGAGGCGGGGGUCGCGUUUUCGGAUGGUGACGGAAGUGAGGACGGCACCGGCAGCCUCCUGUCCAUGUCUCUGGCGGCCUGCGCCGAGGACACUCCACUGCUGGAUGAGUGACCUCUCCUGGCUCCGACACCAAAAUCUUCACCUCGCGUUCUUUAGGCUGCCAAGGCGGCGCCAAUGGGAAGCGCCCCCCCCCCCCACUCCGACCCUGCCCCCCCCUCUCCAGUUUUAGCUUUUGUUUAAAUUUGUUUUUGUUUGUAAAUUAUAAAAUUUAAAUGUCGACUUAUUUAUGGUGUAAUGUGUGGAAUCAGCAGCGGGUGGUGUGACUUGUAUCGGCCUUCUUUUCUCUCUUCUGUAUUAUCAUGCUCUCCACCCCCCCACCCCCCCAUCGUGCCCCCCUAUUUCCCACGUGUUGGGAUUGCUGGCGGGGGGGGGGGGGCUCUGUCGGUUUGGCGUUGGGGGGCGGUGUGUUUAUCGUUUAUGCGAUGGAAGGUGCACGCGCGCGGUGCAUGCUUUUAGCUCAGCUUCCUGUUCAUUCGAUUGCCGUCAGAAGAAGCCAAGGUUUACACUUUACAAUUCUUAUUAAAAAAAAUAAAAAAAAAACCGUAUUCACUUUAGUUUUACUGUAACAGUCGUGAUUGUGAGGAGAAAUUCACGUCUGGGUUCUAAUAAAGUCAUUGGCUGUUUAUGUGGUGGCCUUAACAUUCA